AGGGAAAGUACGAAGAGGCGGAGGCGAUGAACCGAUGGGCGCUUGGUUGUCGUGAGAAGGCGCUGGGCAAGGACCAUCCAGACACACUCACGACCGUCAGCAACUUUUCUCUUGUGCUGCGGUAUCAGGGCAAGUACGAAGAGGCGGAGCAGAUGAACCGACGGGCGCUUGAUGGUCGUGAGAAGGCGCUGGGCAAGCACCAUCCAGACACACUCGCGAGCGUUAGCAAUCUUGCUUACCUCUGCUAUGAGCAAAAUCGACUCGAUGAAGCCGGCGAGCUUUAUGUCAACGCCUUGAACGGAUUCAGGAAAGUGUUAGGGCCAAGUCAUCCUACUACGUUAGCUUGCGAGGGUCGUUAUACAUCUUCGAGUAAAAAGAUGGCUGCAAUGAGGUAACACAGUCAAUUUGCGCAGUCAAUAUUGCUAGUUGUUAACUAAAUCAUUUGAUUUCUGGACGUUCACGAAUGACCUUUCUUCCUCCCAC